AUGGCGACACUGUGUGCUGCGGCCCGGCACAACAGAGACUGUCAUCUGGACGGCGACACCAGGAGAGUCAAAAGUUUCACGGACGAUUGGGCGGAUCACUAUCGUUUUUUGCAUGCGGCGGCUGCGGACUGUGUCGAGUGCACGCGGUACUGGCUUCAGAAUCGCGCGGACCCCUUGCGGGGCACGAUCAAUAACCCGGAGUACAAUGCCCUGGCCUUCGCCAAGCACCGCCGCGCCAUGAGGCGGACUGAAGCCUUGUUGCUCGGAGAGGAGCCCGAGCCGGAAGAGUCUCAGCAGACGUGGGCCUCCGACGAUGCGGCCGCGAGGUCUUUUUCGUUCUCGAAUCCUCCUCCGCCGCCGCUUUGCCCUGCUGCGACACAGGAUCCCUACGUGCACGUGAGGACCAUGAAGAAGAAAAGAAAAAAACUGGAGUCUUUCAAGGAAAAUUUGCAAACGAUGGAAGACGACAUGCAGCAACACUACAUGUUCUUGUAUGCUGCGUGCGACGACUGCGUGCCGUGCGUGUCUUCGUGGCUGCACAAAGGCGUCGACCCGACUAAAGGUUCGUACAACAAUCCAGAGUGGACUGCGGAAGCGUGGGCGGUGUGGUCUCAGGAGCAGCGCAACUGCCACUUUCUUGUACGAGAGUUUCGCUGUCUGUCCGUGCUCCGGACUGCCGUGGCGAAGCAGGACUCCUCGGGGCCGGAACCGUCGCAGGCGCUGAUUGCUUUGGCAAAUGCUCCCGCCGCCGGCAUAUGGCAGGAUCUCGACCCAUCGAAUCCAAACGACGCGGAAGAGGAGGACGAGGACGGCGGUUCCUGCGAGGACUGGUAUGUCGGGGAGUCCGACUCGUCGAAGGCGGACGACGCGGACGAGGAGGGCCACGGCACUUCCUGCGAGGGGCGGUUCCGGUUGUUGGAAGAACGGUUCGUGCCUGCCUGGAUGUUCGCGGUGGCGCAGGAGGAGGGUGAGCAGCGUCCUUCCGCCGAAGCGCAGGCUCCGGGUUCCGAGCGGGAUUCGUCGCAGGCGCAGGACGAGGCCGUGGGGCGCGAAAGUGAAGCUGUUGUUUGGGGUUUGGUCGCGAACGGUGCUGGUGCUGCCUUGUGUGCCAUUGCGUCCAGGAGUCUGCCGGGAUCCGUUCAUAGGCGUGUCAGAUGUGUCUCCGUGAGUGACACGAGAUUCUCGCAGAAAGGAUUGCCGCUCCUGCGUGUGUUCGUGCAGGAGAACUUUGCUGGGCAGGAUGCGGACGUUCAGGCGGGUGAUGCCCAGGGUCUGCAGGGGCGACACUAG